CCAAAACCAGAAAUUUCUUUUUAGAAAAAAUCUUCUCGGAAAAAUUUGUCCCAACAUUUGAUUUAAAGUACUGUCAGCACUAAAAUAAAGAUUUAAUAGAGAAGAACCUUCACUAAUCAACUAGUGGAGGAGGAAUAAUUUUAUUGGAGUAACAUCCCAGGAGAACUAGAAUCUGGAAUGGAACGAUUGGGGAGACAAAGUCCCAUUCAUAAGCCAAGCCAACUCAUCAUUUCCACAGGAAAUGCCCAAAACCUACAUUGGAUUGGAUCUCUGGUCUGCCCCACCCCAAAAAGUAACCGUUGGAUGCUGUACACAGCAAACACAUUUUAAAAGCCCUUGCCCCCCUCUUCCACUCUGUCCUGGACGGAACCUGAAACCACCAGAUUAUUUAUUUAAGAAGCCAGGAAUCUCUUUAUAAAUAUUCCCCCCCAUAAACUCUUUCAGACAACGAAAGAAACAGGAACUUCUACAAACACAGAAAUCUUGGGAAGAGCUGAAGUGAAGAUGGGUAUGGUUGUAGUUAUCUCUCUACCACUAAUUAUCUUCUGCAUAUUACUUGGUGUUGGAUGUUACUUCUUGGGAAGAGCUAAAGGGAGACGAGAUAUCCUUACCAACCCUCAGAUUUAUGGGGUACCAGCUCCGCCGCCCGAUGCAACUCCUCCUCCUCCUUCUACACACACCAUCCUGACAACUUAGACAAUGUUUGAUAGGGGUAUCACAGAAUUGAAGCUACACCAGGUGCAAGAUUGGAUUAUAAGAAUGGGCUCCAUUCGAAAAAAAUUGUUUUCCCAUGUCUCUAUCUUUUUGGGUGUAGAGAAAAGUGGAUUGUUUAUAUAUAUAU